AAUCAGCGUUCGGCUCUCUAGGGCGGCCGGCGGCGGCGCCGGGCGCCGGCCGGUCGGCAGACAAGGGAGCGUGAGCCGUGGGGAGUGGUGUGUGUCAGCGGUGACUCGGCGGCGGCUCCUCGCGGUUUCCUCUCACAGAAUGCGCCGCUGUUCCCUGUGAGUGCCCCCGCCUCGGUUCCCUUUCCGCUGUGCCGAGCCCGUGUCUGUGUGUGCUCCGGUGGACUGACCUCAGUGAUGGCGGCGCUCGCUCUGAGCCUGUGUCUGUUGCUGGCGGCGGCGGCCGCUCAGAGACCUGAGGUGGUCGAGGGCGACCAGCUGCCGCACCACGACCGCUGCGAGGACAUCGACAUCCCGCUCUGCAAGGACAUCCAGUACAACAAGACCAUCCUGCCCAACCUGCUGGGCCACGCCACGCAGGACGAGGCCGGCCUCGAGGUCCACCAGUUCUUCCCGCUGGUGAAGGUCAAGUGCAGCGCCGACCUGCAGCUAUUCCUCUGCCUGAUGUACGCGCCCGUCUGCACCCAGCUGGAGAAGCCGCUGCCGCCCUGCCGUUCGCUCUGUCUGUCGGCUCGCAAUGGCUGCGAGAGUCUCAUGAACAAGUUCGGCUUCAAGUGGCCCGAGAAGCUCGAGUGCUCCAAGUUUCCGGAGGCCGGCCCGAACGUGCUGUGCGCCGCUCAGAACGAGAGCUCCAGCCCGGCCGCCACCCCUCCGACCAGCCUGCAGCCGCCGCACGACGGCAAGGACUUUGUGUGCCCGGUGCAGUUCCGCGUGCCCAAGGGCCUGUCGUACCGGCUGCGGGUGGGCGAGCGCGAGACGCCCGACUGCGGCGCUCCCUGCCGCGGCAUGUUCUUCUCGGACUGGCAGCGCGACUUUGCGCGCCGCUGGGUGGGCGUCUGGUCGGUACUCUGCCUGGCCUCGUGCGCCUUCACCAUCUUCACCUUCAUCCUGGACACGUCGCGCUUCCGCUACCCGGAGCGUCCCAUCAUCUUCCUCAGCGUGUGCUACUUCAUGGUCUCCCUGACGUACGUCAUCGCCUUCGCCAUGGGCGACACCAUCUCGUGCAACGAGCCGUUUGAGCCGCCGCCAGAGUACCCCAAACUGGACAUGGUGUCGACCAUCGCGCAGGGUACCAAGCGCCAGGGCUGCACGUUCGUCUUCAUGACCCUCUACUUCUUCAACAUGGCCUCGUGCAUCUGGUGGGUGAUCCUGACGCUCACCUGGUUCCUGGCGGCCGGUCUGAAGUGGGGCCAGGAGGCGAUCGAGGCCAACUCUCAGUACUUCCAUCUGGCCGCCUGGGCCGUCCCGGCCGUCAAGACCAUCGCCAUCCUCGCCAUGGGAAACGUCGAAGGUGAUGUGCUCAGCGGAGUCUGCUACGUGGGUGUCAUGAACGUGCCGGCCCUGCGCGGCUUCGUGCUGGCACCACUGGUCGUCUACCUCGCACUUGGCACCGUGUUCCUGCUAGCCGGCUUCGUCUCCCUCUUCAAGAUCCGCACCAUCAUGAAGCACGACGGCACGCGCACCGACAAGCUGGAGAAGCUGAUGAUCCGUAUUGGCGUGUUCUCCGUGCUGUACACCCUGCCGGCCACGCUCGUCAUCGCCUGUCUGUUCUACGAGCAGGCGUUCCUCGACCAGUGGACGCUCGGCUGGCAGGAGCGCCACUGCGGCCAGCGCGACCCGGCCUGGUCCAAGUACGCCAUCCCCUGUCCGCCGCGCGCCACCGUCGGUCCGCUGCCGCAGCCGCACUUUGAGUUCUUCAUGAUCAAGUACGUGAUGUUGCUGAUUGUCGGCAUCACCAGCGGCUUCUGGGUGUGGUCGCGGAAGACCCUGCAGACGUGGGGUCGGCUCUGCGGCCGUGGAAGGCCAGCCGUGGUGUACAGGACUCCCGAUGGCCGCAUUGUGCAGCCGAAUCAUGUGUGAGGUGUAAGAGUGUUGUGAAGAGACUUCUGGGGAGGGCGGGAUGACUCCGCGAGGGGUGAGGACACUUAUGGAGUGCCCGAGACUCGGCAGUGUUACUAGGACGGAUGGGACACUCAUUUGCCCUCCGAGUAAAGUGUGAUAGCAGAGAGACGCGAGCCCCGGACUCAAAUGGUGCGGGACGCACAGGGAACUGUCGAAAGGCCGUCCCAGCAGGUCACACUGCUCAGCAUUGGAGCUCUUUCUCAAAUGACCUGACCGGGUCACACAGAGGUCACAGCCAUACCGGUCUCCCGGCCCAGCUCACGGAGCCAGAACAACCCCAGCUUAGCUCAGGGCCAGGGAGUCUACUGAGCAUCAUCACGAGGCUCGCCCCCACACCACAUACACGAAGGCCAGUUAAGCGACACCUGCGCGCUGCAGGUUUGAGCGGCAAGCGUGGGCGGUGGAUAGUGGUCGGUUCAGGUAGGCCGGGCACCAGCGAUGAGAGGCUAUUGAGACACCCCAAGUGGAUGUAGCCAUCCAGUGGACCGCAGUGGAUAGUCACGACUGGACAGAAACCCUUGGUAUCCCUCGAACAGCUGCUAGAGUGGACGACUUCUAUCAAGUCCACUAUGGAGUUUCCACCUUCCAGAUUCGUCGUCAUCGGGAGUAGCAGGAGGAAACAGUGGCUCAUUAGACAGCGUAAACAACCUGCAGAACACCACUACCAGCAGCACCAGCAGCAGCAGCAGUAGUAGCAGCCGAGAACAACUGUCAGCCAGCGCACCAGGCAUUAUCUACCACGACUGGAGAACGCCUGCAUCCGGCCUGACUGCUGGAUCUUCAACUGCCCAGUACAAAGGCCACGCCAGUGUCAGCCUCACAGACGAAGCAAGAGACGCUGACUGCGAACCUGAACGUCUAGGCUAAACUCUGGCCGGACGCAAACAUGGUGCAGCUGCUGUAUCCAAAUACGCCGCUGAAAGUCGUCUCGCUGUGCCCCUGCUCUCAUGGUGUUGUGCUCCUGAUGAGACACUCUCGGGUCUGGUGUUACCAUGGGUCACUUGUUCACUGGUCGCUGGUCAUCGGUCACUGGUGACUCGCAGCGUCACCAUCGGUGUGCCGCCGUCACCUCUCCCGAUCUAGGCGUCGCGGCCGGGAGGACAGAGUGUUGUGACUUAUUCACGCCCGCCGUGUGACCUGCUGUGGGAUCCGCGGGGUCCACUGUCUGCUGGAUCCGUGUGGGGUCCCUCGAGACCCACGUGGACUGUGGUGGGCCCCCUCAGGCCAUAGAAAGGCCCGCAGGGCCGAGUCGGUUAUAGGCCGAGUCAAAAGGGUCACUAGACCCACCAGUGCUCGGAUAAGUGUGCCGAUUUUCACGUUUUAUACCAGUCGUUUGUACUAUUGUUCAUCGUUGUCAAUUUCGCCGUUGUUUUGUCGUUUCUUUUUGCCUCGCCCCAGCGUCCGAAAUGUUUGUUUUUGCGGGCGCAUAUGUGCGCGUGCGGUAUACGUGAGUGUGCGUCGCAACUGCGCUGGACGACGCACGUGCGAGGUCGAUGUAUGCUUGUAUACGUGUAUACGUGUGCAUAUGGGGAGAGCCAUCGGACGUGGUGGACCGCGUGUUGAACCAUACACGGCUCCCCAAUCUCCCGACAUCCUCCACUCUCUCCCUCUCUCGUCCUCUACCCGCUGCGGGGUAUCUGAUACAUCCCGCCGGUAUCCGGAAUCCUGAAUAUAUAACCUGGACUGAGUGUUAUUUAUGCGCUGGACUGGGCCGUCGACGUCCGACAAUUCUCGGCGGUGAUGGGCGUUAGCCCGUUCGAUACCCUAAUGUCUGACACCGGGUUUUAGGCGCUGACAAAUCCCAUCUGUAUUUAUGUACAUAUUUAAUUUGUGACCGAAUCUCCUAGUUUUUGUGUGUGAGCGAUGGAUGUGUGCUAAUUAUUGCUGUCGAGUGUUGUGUAUUUGCGUAUUGGGCGCUCGCCUGUUGUGUGCGUGUGUUUGAGACAUUGGAAUGGAUGCGUAUUUGUUUGAUGUGCGUUUGGACGGAUGAAGACGUAUGUGUUCGUGUGCUGCGGUUCUUACCGCUUUCUACCGAGUCUCGAGUGUCGUUCUAAUGCCAAUAGUGUGUUGACUGUAUUGGUCUGGAACACAAGGCAAAUACACAGGUCUGUACAGCCCA